CCUGACUAAAAAUGUAGGACUUGAGUUAAAAAUAUGAACAAAGCUUGAAAGAGUUGUUACAGGCUACUCAUUGUAUUCGUUUUGGUGAUGGUUUUCAAUGUUCUUACUCAUUUUUACUCUUGCAUUUACCCAGUUGUGUUGUUUCCUGGAGACAGCAAUACUUCAGGAGGUUAAUGUGUGUAAAUGGCACACAAUGGAUUACUGGAGUUUUUGUCUCUCCGUGCGUGCGUCCGUGCGCGCGCCCAUGUGACAUCAUUGAUGGGAUUGGCUCCCCUGACUGGGGUGGAUAGCCUCCUCUACAGGCUACAGAGGGAGAAGAAGAGGAGUGAGGGACAGAAGGAAUAUAGUUUCCACCAGCCACGGAGCUCAGCGCAGGGUGGGAACCCAAACCCAGAGAGAACCACGCCCUGGGGGACACAGGAGGAGACUGUGGCGCCCCAAGUCUCCAAACUCCUGAUAUGGAAGGGGGAGUGGACGGGGAAGAGGAGAUUUGACUUUGGUAACAGGUUGGAAAGAUGAAGUUCGGGAAGAGCAUCUGCGUGCUCAAUGUAGGGGGGACCCGAUACGCCUUCACCCGUGAUGUGAUCAGGGAUUUCCCUCUCCGGCGCGUCAGCCGCCUCCAUGCAUGCGCAACUGAGAAAGAGGUCCUUGAACUGUGCGACGACUACGACCGGGACCGGAAUGAGUUUUUCUUCGACCGCCACGCGCAGGCUUUCGUGUUCAUCAUGCUGUACGUGCGCUCCGGUAAACUCCGCUUUGUCCCCGGAGUGUGUGAGCUGUCUUUCUACACCGAGAUGCUCUACUGGGGACUGGAGAGCGCGCACUUGGACCCCUGCUGCCAGAAACGCUUGGAUGACAGGAUGUCCGAGAUUGGACUGGACACUCUGUCUGAGGGGGACAUCCUCGUGUCAGGGGAAGAGCCUCAGAGCCCGGCGGAACCGGUGCAACGGACUGUGCUCACGGGACGCGCGAAAUGGCUCGAGAUGAUGCGCAAAGCAUUCGAGGAGCCAAACUCUUCGCUUUUGGCGCAGCUUUUGGCGUCAGUGUCCGUGAUUUUUGUGAUCGUCUCUAUGAUCAUGCUGUGCGCAAGCACUCUGCCGGACUGGGACACAGCUAAGAAAACUACCGUGGAGGAGCACAGGUAGGAGAAAGUCUGGAUGAUCUCAGAUGGAAGCUGCUACUCAUCUGAAGGCGCAGAUUAUCAGCAAAAAAGUUCACUUUGCCCCAAAAAUACAGCGCGUAAAAGUCAGCGUUGGCCUGUGAUAUGGGCGCAACCAUCACAAUCAUGCCAAGGAAGGGUUUCUAUCAUGAUCAAGGAUUCAUAAAUAAUAAAUGCACUGGAGAGAGUGCCUGUAUGUGUUCAAGGCAGCGGUCAAACUCAUUCGCCCAAUCCAUUUAUCAUCAAGAAGGUUGAUGCUGAGAGGCAUGAAUCCAAUUUCAGCUUGUGACUCCUCUCAUGUUAUAGCCCCUUUCCUGUGUUUGGAAAAGAAAAAAAGGUAAAAAAGAGCCAUAAAAACUUAAAAUCACUUGAAAAAAAAUACCAUGUCCAAUUUUAGCCUAGAUAGAUAGAUAGAUAUACUUAUUGAUCCCAAACUGGGAAAUUCACAUGAAUUUUAUUACUCACUGCAAUAAAAAGUUUUACUUUUAACACAUUUUUUAAAAAGAGCACUUUGCUACAUUUUACAAAGAAUCAGUUAAAAAUUAAUAAAAUAAUCACUAAAACAUUGAAGCUUUCCAGUAACUGCAUGACUGCCAGCUGAUUGGAUAGUGCCAGUAACAAUUGGAUUUGUCUCCCUUCGAGUAAAAAUAUUUCAUCACACUUAAUCAAGACUACUCCAAAAAAUCAAUAUUAUUUCAAGCUGACAUGUUCUUAAGUUCCUUGAAUAUGUAUGGCAUGUACAUUUUGCUUGCUGUGUUUUGCAGACAUCCUUAGUCAUCACUGCAAACUCAGCCCUUAUUUUUGUCUUACAACAAGCCUUCAUGCACAGCCAGUGAUAAUUUAAGUGUGCAGGGACCGUCUACGAAGAGUAAUCUUGAUAAAAGAUGCAGCAAAAUGUUCAAAAAGUUCUCCCUGCAGAGUCAAAAUAUCACUUCAUGCAUCAAUGCUGCUGGUUAUAUUACAACAGUUAGUAAUCUUAGUUGAGUUACAACUAAAACUCAGUAUAUGAAAUAAAAUAAACCACAUUUUUUCUUUUACUUAAGUGGAUUAACAGACAGGUAGUUCUACUUCUCCUUAAGCAAAGUGUCAUUUAAGUAUUUGUAGUCUAUCUUAAUACUCUUUCUGCCCCUGUUUAAAUCAUUAAACUAAAAUGAUUAUUCAGUCAAAGGUACUUCGUCCUUCUCUUAAGUGAUUUGAUGCCCUUUUUGUCAAUACAGCACUGUGACAAGAACUAGGUCGCACUGAAUGUUAGGAUCCUCUUACAUCAGAUGAAAAAGCAAAGAAAACAAAUCAAUAGCAAAUCAAUAUUAUUCACAGUGUGGCGUGUGUGAAGUGUGGCGUUAAUUAUUAAACAGGCACUGCUCCAUGUCUCCUGACCCUCCCCCUCACUCGUCUUUAUUAAUUCGAAAGUCUUUAUUAGUAUGGGUAGUUAUUUGACUGUACACAAGAAGGGCAAAUAAAACAGAUUAGGGCCUGUGCUAUUAUGUUCCUCUGGGUGAUAGGAUGAAAGGGGACAGUUUACAGAGGGAUUAUAUAUCAGUGUAAGCAAACAAAAAGCAAUUUAGCCUCUUAGAGGGAUCACCUUUUACAUAAGUCAGCAGUUGCGGUGUUAGUUUGGCUCCUGUUUUUGGACUUUAGGUGAAAAGGUCCACCUUUUUUUUUCUUUGCUGGAGUUUUCCCUCCUCUUCAGUGAGCCUGCAGGCGGCCUUCAUCUAUAAAAGGCAAGGUUGUUUUCACUCAGGACAUAGUUUUGGAUCUGUUUCAGUGGUUGGGUAAUAGGCUGGAAGUGGAGUUGACAGUCGGGGUCAAAAGGAUUCCAAUUUAGCUGAACGUCGGUUGAUGAUGAGGGUCACUCUGUUGCUCUGUAAUUUGGUUGGGUUUAAUUGUGCUGAUGUGGCUGUCCUUAGGCUCUGCUAUUUGCUUGACCUGCGUGCUCCUACAUCAAAUACGAGCAUCACGUUGCUUUAGAUUGCUUUUGCCGUGCAAAUCAAUGGAUAAUUGCGAGCUUGUUUCCUUCACAGUCUCUCUGUAGAGGAUUUAAAUCCGUCCUUCUGCGCAGAUGUUCAGUGUUUUCUCUUACUGUAUGUCUUUGUUGAUACUUAUUUCAACUCUGAAUUGCAUCAGAUGUCCUCCUUAUUCACAACAAUUUACUUAACAGCAGUCCUGCUUUGCUUCCUCCUUCCUCGCAUGCUCUGAUGGUCAAACAGCAUCUUAUAUCAUCCUUAUCGCUCCUCUGGUGUUUCCUGUUUACAGUCUGUUCCUCUCAUUUUCUCCUCUGCAGGAUAGUGGAGGCCGUGUGCAUCGGCUGGUUCACAGCAGAGUGCAUUGUGCGCUUCCUGGUGGCCAGAGACAAAUGGGACUUCCUCCGUCGGCCGCUGAACAUCAUUGAUGUCAUCGCCAUCACCCCGUACUAUGUCACCAUGGCACUGGCCCGCGCGGGGAUGCCUGGUGCGGGCCUCGGGGUCGCCGGCAUCAUCUUGCGGGUGUUGAGGAUGAUGCGUGUGUUCUGGCUCAUGAAACUGGCGAGGCACUUCCUCGGUCUGCAGACUCUGGGGCUGACGCUAAGGCGCUGUUACCGAGAAAUGGUGAUGCUGAUGGUGUUUGUGUGCGUUGCCAUGGCGAUAUACAGCGCCCUGGCUCAGCUGCUGGAGCACGGCUUGGACUUGGGAGUGCAGAACCAGGAUUAUGCAAGCAUUCCGGCAGCUGCCUGGUGGGUCAUCAUCUCUAUGACCACAGUGGGGUACGGGGAUGUGUACCCGGUGACUGUAGGGGGGCGGGUUCUCGGGGGAAUGUGUGUGGUGAGCGGGAUCGUUCUCCUGGCGCUGCCGAUCACAUUUAUCUACCACAGUUUUGUACAGUGUUACCAUGAACUCAAACUUCGCUCUGCCAGAUGCGCACGCAGCCUUUCCUCAGAGGCUCUGCAGUGAAAACACAUUUUCCCCCAGACUUUGACAGCAUUGUGUCUAACAGGCAGGGGUGUGUCCAGACUUUCCUGGCUUGGGUGGUCUAACUGGGGGCCUGGCUUAUUUAGUGAAGUGUAUUAAAAUGGAUGACGGGUCACCAACCUUACAAAAAAAGGAAGUCAACCCGACUCCCCUCUUGUAGGUGAUGACAUAUUGCUCUGGCGAUGUGACCUGGAGCAUGAGUCCAGUGCUGUAGUGAGGCUGGUGCAGCCAUAGUACUUUAUGUCCUGCCCCGUCUGCAAAACAAACACACACCUGCACCAAAUAUAAAACAUUAAGAUCCCUCAGGUCAUUACAAUCUACAGCAGAGCAGAUUCUUCUUGCAUCCUGUGUGCACCGUGCAGCAAGAGCUGCUUUUGCGACAGAUCAGCGAUGGUAUAUCCCUUUAAUGUAAUCAAAUAUAUAAUUAAAUUAACUCUUUUGGAAACUUUGAUAUACAUCAGCAUGAUAAAAUUUCACUUUUAGGACAGAAAGCAUGUUUGGAAAAAAAAUGUGAAGAUAUUUGUGAUCAAAUAUCUAUUUGACUUUUCAUAAAGUAACAACCCAAACAUUAAAAUAAAAAUUAGAAAAAGUAAUCACAUGCAAAGAUACAAAAAUUCUUGCACAAAGUCGAUGCAGAGAGAAAAAAGGUCGAGAACUUAAUCAGAGAAUAAUUCACAGUCUAAAAAAUCGAUUUAUUGCCUUAGUCUGACUGAAAAUUGAUUUCUCAAAAAGCAUGUAAACACAUUAGUCUCACUGAAAUUGCAUUAAAUUGAACUUCCUAAUAGUCUAAUGAACAUACAGGGAUAACAACGUUGGGGAUGGGUUUUCUCUGUAUGUAUACAAUCAGACAGAAACUGGCCUAAACCUUCUGCACCUUUUGUGACAGUUAAGUAAAGAGUCUCUAUGAGAAACCUUGGCUGAAUUGCAUAGACUGUAAAGCGAAUAUUCUUUAUGCCGAACGCACCUGCAAUCAGCAUUUAUUCAUGUAAUGUUGUUGGACAAAUCUGUUUGCACACUUGUUAAGUUAAAAACAUAACACAUCGGACUUAACCAAACAUCAUGGAGCCAUUGUUUGAGUAACUUUAGAGGCUAAUGUUGUUAUUUAGCAGCUUAUGACGUCAUCAGCAGUCAGAGUAACAUAAGCAUCGCCAUCUACUACACCUACCCUCCUGCACCAGUUUAAGGCAUUAAAAAAUAUUACAAUCAUUACAUGAUUGAUGAUGCCACUGAUGGUCUUUUUGCUUUGGAUGUCGUAAAAGGCUUCAGUAUGAAUUUCAGUUACCAUAGAUGUUAAAAAAACUCGUCGCAGGUGCUGUAAGUUUAGACCACUUUUUUAAUCAGAACUUAAAUUGCAGUUUAAGUGACUCACUUUGGAGCAUUAUUGGUAUUUCCUUAAUAUAGUUUGAUCCCUGAUCCAUCUUGUAGCCCUUUAAUGCCUCACACAACAAAUGAUGGCCAGAAAAUUCAAAAUUUUUUGGAGCUGAAAUGUUUAUUUCACUUACUACUGAAAACCCAAAAAAAUCAAACUGUCCUUAAAAUUUAACAAAUAUAUUUAUUUAUUUAUCUCAUUUGAUACAUUAGGUGUUUUUGGAAACUGAUAAACUAAAAGAGGACGUUUUUAUUAUUUAUCGGACUGUAUUCGGGUGUGUUUUUUUUUUUUUAGUAAUUUGUUGAUCAUAUUGAUUGUGACUGUUGUGUAUCUGUCAUAAUAGUCGAUUAUAAUAUCGGUACCAUGUCUUGACAAGACAAACAGCCAAUCAAAAUUCAGCAUUUUUGAAUGGCAUCUUGGGUGGCCAACAGAUUUCAAGAAAGGUCCAUGCCACCCCUGCUCAGCUCUCUGGAUGCGCCCCUGCCACUAGUGAGAAACUCAACAAACUACCUGCUGUUCCCAUUUCAAAUAGUUAUCAGCUACACUGUUUCCUGCCUGAGCUGCACCUGAUUUCAUUUGGCACGUCUACUUUCUGCUUGUUGCGUUGAUGAUCUUCAAUUAUCGUUUGUAUCCAGCAUGCUCUGUGUCUGCCUCCUUUUCACUUGCUCAAAAAAAAAAGGAAAAGCAGUUGUUAUUGUUUAUUAAACACACAGGCGCUGUAAAUUUAGUUCUGACAGUGGCUGCUGUUUACACUGUAUCGCCAUGGUAACAACAACGCCUGCCUUUUUUUCCAAGCUGCGCCAAAUACUCAUGUGUUUGUGUUUUUAUGUGUGUGUGCUUGUUUGUGUUUGUUUGUCUUGCCAUGAGCCUUUCACUUUGUCUAGGCUUUGCACACAGAUGGUCCAAGUUACACAAGAUUGAUGUGUGACCUAGAUGCAUUCUGUUAAACCUGUGAAACACAGAGAACGAGGGAGCACGUAAGUGCAAAGUAAGGAUGGAGAAAGGGCAUGUGGAAGGCUUAGAGUGUAGGAGGGGCUUAAGCUGAGGAUAAUGAAACACGGGAUCAGGUCAGCGGGAGGAAAAAGGUGGCAGAAAAAUAAAAGAGCGACAGAUAUGAGACUGGGGAGACAGAGCCUGAAUCGAGAACAAAACAACAGCAAGCUUAAGUGCAAAGACUGAAUAGAUGGAGUGUGUAUUGCAUCCUCCAUUUGAAAGUGAAUGUAAGCUAUUUUGUAUUUCUGUGUGUCUCCAAGGCAACCUCAUCCUCCAGCAUGUCAAUCAUCAUGGAGGUUGAUUUGUGUGCAUACAAAUAUAGGCCACAUUCAUGCACACCUUUCUGCCUGGCAUACCGCAUUUUUUUUCCUGGUUUAAUUGUGAAAGUGACAGCAUGGGAUAAAUUGAAAUUACUUAAAAAAAACAAGGCUGAAAAAAAAAUGGAGGAUAUGACAGAUGAUGGAUCUGACAUCCAUGAUUCAGACAUGUUUGCACAGUCUGAGGUUUGCCAAGAUGAUAUGAUUUAUUGAAGAGACACAUGAUCCAAGCAAACAAGUCCACACCUCUCCCACACAACAGUCUUUCUCUGCAUCUCAUCUCCUCUUCCCUCUGUUGCCUCUAUUUACUCUCACACACAUGCACACAUGCUCAGAACAAGCUCUUGCUCCUCUGUUGCAAAGGAAAUUAAACAAUUAAUCAGCCUGAUCAUUAUCUCUCCGUUCUUAAAUUGAUAGUUUCAUUUGUUAUUACCUCAUAAACCAUGCAGCCUCUGAUGACUUUUAAAUGUAUUGUAAAACAUAUCUUAAUAUUCUUGUUGUUUUUGUGUUAUCUAUGUGCUUCUUAAGUGGUGUAACAGGCAACAAAACGAAAGAUAAUCAAUAUUUCUCCACCAACUCCACAACACAUUAUUUUAAUUCAUGCUGCGUGACUAAUAGUUGAGUAAAUUUUUGGCCAAGUCUGAUUGAAACCAUCGAUCAAAACUUUUUCAUCAGUAGAAAUGGUCUUGUAAUUGAUGUAAUAAAUGUUUGUGCUUUUAUAAUAAAAUCACUCUGAGUAAAA